UGAACUGGACUGAACCUAAAGUUGUUAUCAAAUAGUUUGUUAUUUAUUCAUUCAUGUUAAUUCCAUAUUACACGUAUUGAUUUUAAUAGCUUAAAGGUCUCAUAGUUAUUAAAUAAUUAUAUAAAUAGUAUAUAUCACAUAACUACUAUGAAACAAAUUGUAUUCAAUAAAACAUCAGUGCAACAACAAUAUAUAUAUUUUUGGUUAGUUAAAAGAAAUUUAUGUAAAAGAAAUAAACAUAGAAACAAAUACUAUGGAAUCUGAAGAAAGUUUUAAAUCUAAAUUAGUUAAUUGUCUAACAAAACAAAUUAGCGAAAUUGAAGUUUUGACUUCCAUCUAUGAUGAAGCUAUUAUCCUGACUGAUACCAAAGCACUUGAAAAAGUAAAAGAAUUCGUCGAAAAUAAUACUUUAUACACUCCUAACCAUUUAGAUUUUACAGUAAAUCUCUUAGUAGAUGGUCUAAAACUAGAAAUAUCUAUUAACUUACCAAGCCUCUACCCAGAAGAGGAACCAGAUAUGUAUAUAAGAUGUAAUCAGUUAAAUAGACAACAAGAAACAGCUCUUAACUCAGAUCUAACGAAUUAUAUAAAAGAUAAUUAUCUAGGUGAAGAGUGUUUGUAUACUGCUAUCUCAUGGGUUCAAGAAAACAUUGAAAAAUAUAAAAAUAAAAUUGAGGAUGUAAAAACUACUGCAACUGCUGAAAACAAUAGUGCGUGUGAUUUUUCAAGACUAUGGGUUUAUUCACAUCAUAUUUAUAACAAAAAGAAGAGGGAAGAUAUAGUGAAAAUGGCAAAAGAAAAUAACUUAACAGGAUUUUGCUUAAUGGGAAAGCCUGGUGUUAUUUGUGUUGAAGGAAUCGGGUGUGAUUGCCAGGAAUGGUGGAAGAUCAUAAAGUCUAUGAAUUGGAAAAAAAUUGUUAUAAGGAAAACAGAGAAUUUUAAAUUAUCUGAAAGAAAUACUGUUCAGAAAUUUAAAAACUUUCAGGAAAUAUAUCAUGAUAUGAGCAGCUUCUCAAAAUAUUUGGAUUCCUUUGGUUUAUCUGAUAUUUUUAAUGAAUUAUUUGGCUUACAUAACACCUAGCAUUGUUAAAAUAUAAAAUGAACCUAAAUCUGAAUGUGUGUGAAUUAUAUUUAUAGAAAAUGAUUAAUUAUUUUUAAUAAUAUAAAAUAAUUUACUUAAGAGGGCUAUUACAAUUUUUCUUGGAUUUGAGCGUUUGACUUGAGCUUUGAUGUGUAUUGUGGUUUAGGUAUAGUCACAAAAUAAGAAAAAAAAUAUGACCAAGAAAGUUUGAUUCGUAUUCUUGAGAGUGUAUUGGCUAUUAUAUACAAUAUAGGUAGAUUUUUUUAUCGGAGGUUAAA